UCAGGUCCCGCCUCACGCAUCCAGCGGAAGGUCCGACCCGGAAAGUGUUUGGCGGUCAGGGCGGGCAAGAUGGCGGCGCCCGUGAGGUGAAGGGAGAGAGGGCGGCGGGAAGAGCGCUGCGGCCAUGAGCGCUGCCGGCUGCUGCAGCCCGCCCCGGGCACUGGCAGGAUUACUUGUCUGGCACCUGAAGAAGACAGGAGCCCGGCAGGUACCAUGCCAGUUUGUGCAGCUGUGCCAUGUGGCCAAUGACAGAUUGAUCACAUUUCAGUACUUUAACUUUCUCAAACGAAUGUAUGUAACACAGCACAACAAAGACCUCAGCCAACGAGCCAAACCUAAGUCAGAUCCAUUGGCAUCUCCUUUUCGGGAGCUUCAGCAGCUGGAUCAAGAGAAAAAGAUUAUACACAAGAUUAAACCCAUUUCACCUGUUUAUCAGCCUUUGUCUGAGACACCGAGCAGAAAUGAGUUGAGGGAAACGAAGUCAACUGCAGAAGCUGAAGGCUCAGUCACAGGAGUAGGAGCAGAACCCAAAGAAGACAGACAGUGGAAAGAGAUGAAGCUUCGGAUGGAUGAUUUGCCAGGAAUUCUGGCACGCCUGUCCAAAAUCAAGCUUACAGCUCUGGUUGUGAGCACUGCCUCUGCUGGCUUUGCCAUGGCCCCAGUCCCUUUUGACCUGACCUGUUUCCUGCUUGCCUCCCUUGGAACUGGACUGGCAUCCUGUGCUGCUAAUGCCAUCAACCAGUUCUUUGAGGUUCCGUUUGACUCAAACAUGAACAGGACAAAAAACAGACCACUGGUGCGAGGACAGAUCAGCCCCCUGCUCGCCGUCUGCUUCGCUGCCUCCUGCGGGGUCCCGGGCAUUGCCCUGCUGGUGCUGGGAGUGAACCCUCUCACCGGGGCCCUGGGAGCCUUCAACAUUUUCUUGUACACGUGUUGUUACACCCCCAUGAAGAGACUGAGCAUUGCCAACACCUGGGUGGGAGCUGUGGUGGGUGCCAUUCCCCCCGUCAUGGGCUGGACCGCAGCUACGGGGAGUCUGGAUGCUGGUGCAUUGCUGUUGGGAGGAAUCCUUUACUCCUGGCAGUUCCCUCACUUCAACGCCCUGAGCUGGGGGCUGAGGGAGGAUUACUCCCGGGGAGGCUACCGCAUGAUGUCCGUCACCCACCCGGGGCUGUGCCGCCGCGUGGCCCUGCGGCACUGCCUGGCCUUGCUGGGGCUCUCGGCGCUCGCUCCCCUGCUGGAGGUCACCACUUGGACUUUCCCCGUCGUCUCUCUCCCCAUCAACCUCUACAUCUCCUACCUGGCCUUUCGGUUCUACAGGGAGGCGGAUCGCAGCAGCUCCAGGAAGCUCUUCUUCUGCAGCCUCUGGCAUCUGCCCCUGCUGCUGCUCGUCAUGUUCACCUGCAAGAAACCCUUCCUCCAGAAGGAGGAGGCUGGAGAGCUGCUGGGGGGGAGCCACGGAAGGGGGGUGGGAAUUGGGUUGCCUUAAGUGUCAGCUGCUUGUCCUCCUGGUGACACCCCAGGUGUGGUUUUAGGAACUGCAAGGGGGAAGCCUGCGGGGAUCUCUUGGAAGGAAUCAUUUGUGCCUAGCGACCACUUCAUGCGAUGAUUUUCUGUUUUCUUCUGCAAGGGACUAGAGCUUAAAGCCUUCCUGGGCCUCACGCCUGUUCACUCAGCACGGAUCCCCAUCCAGCCCGUGCCAGAAGCACAUCACUUCGGGAUGGCCUUCCAAAGUCUCCCUGAGUCGUGUGGUCUCUCACCUCCUGGGUAGGUUUUGAGUUAGGAGUCACAAGCGCACACUCGCUGACCGCCAGCACCGGCAGCCUCGGUCAGGAAGCGACAGAUGAAUGAUUUAUCAGCCCUGCUCCCCAAGCAUCCCUUCCAAAUUAAGCUUUGAGGCACAGGGUGGGUUGGGUGAACUCUUCUUGUCUCGAUUCUUGCCCCUACUCUGAUGUUUCACAGGAGCCUUCAGUUUCUGAGGCUUGUUUUUCAGUCGGUUACUUUUCCCCCUCACCUCUGUAGAUUUUUAGUUUUCAUACAACUGGCACAAUGCUAAAGGAGUCAAGCAAACUGCCUUUGAGCACACUGCACAUCAGCACGGAAGCAUAAACCAGCCCCCAGAUGAGCAGCUCUUCUGUAGCAUAUACCCUGAACACACUGAGCCCUUCUGCUGUGCAGCCAUCACGGGGGAUUUCGGACUCUGUGGUUUCACACCAGUUUGAGCCCUCUGUGUCAGCCCCUCAGCUGGUAAAACCUGCUUCUACCUUUAUGGCAGUGAAGCUUAGAAAAGGUACAGGAAGGGAGAAGCAGAUCUGGUAGUUUGAAGGCUUUUCUAUGCUCAUGUGUUGUGUGUCAGCCUGUUCAGUCUCAGAGUCCUCAAAGGAGCUCUGGACUUGCAGCUGGAGUUUGCAGUGUAUUUAAUAUCACACCAUGGUGGCUCAGGAAGAAGGCCUCGGGUCUGAGGUGUGUAAUAGAUGAGAAAAUGGAAAAGGAAAGAAGUUUGGGAUUUUUAUCUAAUACUGUAAUGUUCAAAUUGCUGAUGCAGCCAGUGUCUCUCAAAAGGAACUACUGUGGAUGGUCCCACUAGGAAAACACAUUCUCUUUGUUAACUGAUGCACUGAAGAACAUUUCUAGCCACAAUCUAAGGUGCUUGUGAUCCCACUAUGGAGCUGUGGCUGACCCUAAGCCUCCCUCGGGCUGGCUGUGUCCCUCAGGGAAGCUUCCAGCCACAGCAGCAGCCAGGAUAGACAAAGACUUUGCUACAGCUUACUGGGGUAGUUAGUGCCUGUUAGGACUUGAUGCGUUUUCACGCCAAGAUUUCUUUCCCCUGUGGAUAGGGACUGAGCAGCACGGUUGUGCAUCAGUCCAAAGAUACAGGAACACCUGGAAUGGGAAGCACUGUCUCUAGUCUGAUCCCAAAUAAAGCCCUUCAGGAAAUGUCACAAAUCUGCCACCACGUGUGUAUCACCCUGACAUCAAAUCCUCGCUGGCUGCUUUCACCAUGCAGCCCCAGCUUCUGGUCUCAGUUACACUGGUGUAAAUCAGGAGUGACAUGGGUAACCUCUGCUCUCUGGGUGGAGGUGCUCACAGGAGCAGAACCAUCUGUUCUACACAGUUGCAAGAUUUCCUGACUUUCUCAGUGACAGGACUGAGUUCCCUCUCACUGUCUCUCUGGCAGAAUCCGUUGUACUGUGGGCAACACUUUGUAGGAAUGUCUGGAAAUUGUGCAACUCCUGCAUUUGUUUUAAAUAUGCAUCCAGUCUUCUCUACAAUAAAAUAAAAGAAC